UAACCUUGAGGUGCUAUGGCCUCAGGGGACGAUGGGGGGAUGAUGCGGGCAACUCCCCCAGGUCCAGCAUACCCUCCCCAGCAACAACAGCAAGAAAACGUACAGAAGAUACACAAGGCUAUGAAUCAAAUGGAAGAGAAGGGAAUGCAAGAUGACCCAAGGUAUGCACAGUUAGCAGCCAUGGCUGAUAUGGCCAGAAACCCAGGGAUGCCAAGCCAGCACCAUAGUAUGGGCCACCAGAGAAUGGGAGACUACCAGGGCAACAUGAUGCAAGGCCCACCCCAUAGUAUGAGUGGUGGAUCUCAGAGCAUGGGAGGAGGGUCACAAAACAUGGGCGGCAGCCAACCAAAUAUGAUGCAAGGAAUGGGUGGUCCUCAACAUAGAAUGGGAGGAAUGCAGCCAAUGCCACACCAGGGACAGAAUAUGAAUCAAGGAAUGCCACCUCAAGGCCAAGGAAUGGGUCAGGGAAUGGGUCCACAGGGACAAAGUAUGGGCCAAGGAAUGCCACCACAGGGUCAAGGAAUGGGUCAAGGGAUGCCACCUCAAGGACAGAACAUGGGACAAGGAAUGCCACCGCAAGGACAGAACAUGGGGCAAGUGAUGCCUCCACAGGGCCAGGGCAUGGGUCAGGGAAUGCCCAGUAAUAACCCUGCCAUGAAUAAUCCAAUGAUGUCUGGAUCAAGUGCUGGAGGUAAUUACAAUCCCAUGGGAGGACAAGGAAUGCAUGGGAAUUCCAGUAUGGCUGGCCAAAGUAAUAUGUCAGGAUCUCAGCCAAUGAACACAGGAAUGGGGUCAAACUCUCCACAUCCUAUGCCACAGGGAGGGGCCAUGCCACACAAGAUGGGAGGAAGCAUGCCACCAAUGGGGGGUCCUAACAGGCCAGAUCAGCAAGGACAACCAAACAUGCCAAAUCAAAUGGGUGGACCUGGAGGAUCCCAAGGUUCAGGAAGACAAACUGCCUUCAAUCAACAGCAACUGUCUCAGCUAAGAGCUCAGAUAAUGGCAUACAAACUACUGUCCAGAAACCAACCUAUCCCAGAUAACAUAAGAAUGGCAAUAGAGGGGAAACGAGGGCCUCAAAUGCAGAGACCCCCAGAUCCAAGUGGUAGACAACCACCAGGGCAGGUCCCAAACUCUCAAGCUCCUCACAACCAGGCCUUUAACUCGGGCUUCUCUGGGGGACAAAUGACACAAGCCCCACCCAACACCAGCGCAGGGCAGCUCCCCCAGAGACCACCUGGUCAGCAGCAAGGUGGUUCUCAAGCAGGCCCACAUGGGGCCGCUCAUCCGCCAUCCUCUCAGUCCGUCAUGCAACAGAAACAGAGCAAGAUUGCUCCUGUUGCCAAGCCACAGGGACUUAAUCCUAUUGACCUACUGAAUGAAAGGGAAAACAGAAUUGCAGCAAGAAUUUCUAGUAGAAUUAAGGAACUGCAAGACCUGCCUGCUACAAUGCCAGAAGAUAUGAGAACUAAAGCUAUGAUUGAACUGAGGGCAUUGAGGCUUCUAAACUUCCAGAGACAGCUAAGGAGUGAGGUUGUUUCAUGCAUGAGAAAGGAUACUACACUAGAAACUGCACUGAAUACUAAAGCCUACAAGAGAAACAAGAGACAUUCCCUACGUGAAGCCAGAGUCACUGAGAAAUUAGAGAAACAGCAGAAAAUUGAACAGGAAAGAAAGAGGAGGGCCAAACACCAGGAAUAUCUGAAUGCUGUUCUGCAACAUGCAAAGGAAUUCAAAGAAUUCCAUCGCAAUGUUACCAAUAAGGUUGGAAAACUCAAUAAAGCCAUGAUGGUUCAUCAUGCCAACACAGAAAGGGAACAGAAAAAAGAACAAGAAAGAUUAGAGAAAGAGCGUAUGAGGAGACUUAUGGAGGAAGAUGAAGAAGGGUACAGGAAGCUGAUUGACCAGAAGAAGGACAAGCGUCUUGCUUAUCUGCUGGCCCAGACAGACGAGUAUAUAUCUAACCUGAUGACACUGGUGGCUCAGCACAAAGAGGACCUGAAGAAAAAGAAACAGAAGCGUCGCAAGAAGAAGAGGGAAGAUAAGGCAGAGGAUGGGGAUUCUAACAUGAGUGAGAUGAGAGUGUCUGUUAUUGAGACAUCCACUGGCAAAGUACUCUCAGGAGAUGAUGCCCCAUUGACAAGCCAACUGGAAACCUGGUUGGAACUGAAUCCUGGUUAUGAGGUAGCUCCUCGUGACGAUGGAGAAGAAUCGGGAUCUGGAGACGAGGAAGAGGAAGAGCCUGAACAGGAAGAAUCUUCUUUACUUGCAAAGCCAGAGAAGAUGCUGCCCAAGCUCACAAGUCCUGAUGACAUUGAUGAAGGCAUGGCCAAGGAAGUCAUUACACAAGCUUCCCAAGAAGUAGACGAUGAGUACCAUCGCAGUGCCACCAAGGCUGAGGAGAAGAGCUACUACUCUGUGGCUCACACUGUGCAUGAACACGUCACAGAACAGGCCUCUAUCAUGGUCAAUGGCAAACUGAAGGAGUACCAGAUAAAAGGAUUGGAAUGGUUGGUGUCCUUGUAUAACAACCAUUUGAAUGGAAUCCUGGCCGAUGAAAUGGGCCUCGGGAAGACCAUUCAGACCAUUGGACUGAUUACUUAUCUGAUGGAACGGAAAAAAGUCAAUGGUCCCUUCUUGAUUAUUGUGCCCCUGUCGACAUUAUCAAAUUGGGUGCUGGAGUUUGAAAAAUGGGCCCCAUCUGUAGUUAAGAUUGCUUACAAAGGAUCGCCUACAACUAGACGCUUGCUGGUGCCACAGUUAAAGGCUGCCAAGUUUAAUGUACUACUUACAACAUACGAGUACAUCAUUAAGGACAAAGCUGCUUUGUCUAAGUUGAGGUGGAGAUACAUGAUCAUUGAUGAGGGACAUCGUAUGAAGAAUCACCACUGUAAACUGACACAGGUGUUGAACACCCAUUACUGCGCACCCCACCGCCUCCUUCUGACUGGAACACCUUUACAGAACAAAUUGCCAGAGUUGUGGGCCCUGUUGAACUUUUUGCUACCAAGUAUCUUCAAGUCCUGCUCUACAUUUGAGCAGUGGUUCAAUGCUCCAUUUGCCAUGACUGGAGAAAAGGUUGAGCUGAAUCAGGAAGAAACCUUGCUGAUUAUCCGACGUUUGCACAAGGUCUUGAGACCUUUCUUACUCCGUCGUCUUAAGAAAGAGGUGGAGUCACAGCUUCCUGAUAAGGUGGAGUAUGUGAUCAAGUGUGAAAUGUCUGCCCUCCAGAGAUGUGUGUAUAGACAUAUGCAGGCCAAAGGAAUUCUGCUUACUGAUGGGUCAGAAAAAGAUAAGAAGGGCCGUGGUGGAUCUAAGGCCAUGAUGAACACGAUCAUGCAGCUGAGGAAGAUUUGUAAUCAUCCUUUCAUUUUCCAACAUCUGGAGGAAGCCAUUGCAGAACAUCAAGGAGGCACUGGUGCCUCUAUCAGUGGACCUGACUUGUAUAGAAGCUCUGGCAAGUUUGAGUUCUUGGACCGUGUACUGCCCAAGCUGAAGACUCUAAACCACCGUGUCUUGCUUUUCUGUCAGAUGACAUCACUGAUGAGUAUACUGGAGGACUAUUUCUUGUACAGAGGAUAUAGAUACCUGCGUCUGGAUGGAACAACAAAAUCUGAAGAUCGUGGACAACUGCUAGAGUUGUUCAACCAGAAGGAUUCCCCUUACUUCUUAUUCUUAUUGAGUACCAGGGCUGGGGGCUUAGGUCUGAAUCUGCAGGCUGCAGACACCGUCAUCAUUUAUGAUUCAGAUUGGAAUCCUCAUCAGGAUCUCCAAGCUCAAGACAGAGCUCACAGAAUUGGACAGAAGAACGAGGUCAGAGUGCUGCGUCUGAUGACUGUGAACUCAGUGGAGGAGAAGAUCCUGGCAGCCGCUCGCUUCAAACUGAACGUCGAUGAAAAGGUCAUUCAGGCCGGUAUGUUUGACCAGAAGUCCCGGGGCUAUGAGCGGCAGCAGCUUCUACAGUCCAUUCUGGAACAGGAAAAUGAGGAAGUGGAGUGUGUGCCAUUCGAAAAUCUAAACGAAAAGGAAGAGGAUGAAGUUCCUGAUGAUGAGACUAUCAAUCAGAUGUUGGCAAGAUCUGAGGACGAGUUUGACCUUUACCAGAAAAUGGAUAUUGAGAGAAGAAGAGAAGAGGCCAGAAAUCCAAACCGAAAGCCGCGCUUGAUUGAGGAAGCCGAGUUGCCAACAUGGAUUCUGAAAGAUGAAAAGGAGGUCGAAAGGUUGACUUACGAAGAGGAGGAGGAUAAAUUAUUUGGAAGAGGAUCGCGACAGAGAAAGGAGGUUGAUUAUUCUGACUCUCUUACAGAGAAACAAUGGAUCAAGGCUAUUGAGGAAGGCAAUUUAGAUGAAGUUGAAACCGUAAAGCAGAAAUCAAAGAAACCCAAAAAGAGAAAGCCAGAGAAAGAUGAGGAAUCAAAGCCCAAAAAGAAGCGAGGUCGUCCCCCAGUGGAGAAACUCCCACCCAACCCCCGCAAGCUGACCUCUAUAAUGAAGAAGAUACUGGAUGUUGUACUCAACUACAAAGACAGAGAUGACAGAGUCCUGAGUGAAGCAUUCUUCCAGCUGCCAUCAAAGAAAGAUUUGCCAGAGUACUAUGAGAUCAUUGCAAAGCCUGUGGAUUUUAAGAAAAUCAAGCAAAGAAUUCGAGAUCACAGAUAUCGCAGUCUGGAUGACCUGGAGACAGACGUUAUGCUUCUGUGUGAGAAUGCUCAGUCUUACAACAUUGAGGGAUCACUGAUCUAUGAGGACUCCAUUGUUUUGAAAUCAGUGUUUACUAGUGCCAGGGAGAGGCUGGAGAAGGAAGGCGUGACCUACUCAGAUGAUAACAGCAGCAGUAAUGAGGAAGAUGAGGGAGAGGAUGAGGAUGGCAAGGGAGAGGAUGAGGAGGAGGAAGAGGAAGAUGAGGAUGGUGCAUCUUCAAGCAAAAAACACAAAAAAGACAAGUCCAAGAAGAAAAAAGAUAAGGCAGAGAGUUCUAAAAAGAGAAAAUCUCGUGGCAAGGCUAAGCCUGUAAUCAGUGAUGAAGAUGAUGAAACAGAUGAGGACUAUGAAUGAGUGACAGAAGACAGUGAAAAGUACAAUGGCCAGGCGCUGUGUGAUUCAGGACUUAUCUUGAGUUUUGACUAUAUUAUACUACAUAAUUAUAUUGAUCUAUUUUGUAUACAUGUAUGUAAAGCUGUGUUCAGUGUAAUCAAUUAUCAUUGUUUAGUGACCAUUGUUUUGUUGAUUCAGUGCAAUGACAUAAGUAAAUAAAGUGUAGUAACAAUGUC